ACCAUGAGUUGGAGUUUUCUGACCCGCCUGUUAGAGGAGAUCCAGAACCACUCAACCUUUGUUGGCAAAAUCUGGCUGACAGUGUUGAUUGUGUUUCGGAUUGUCCUAAUUGCUGUGGGAGGAGAAUCCAUUUAUUAUGACGAACAAAGCAAGUUUGUGUGCAACACGGAGCAGCCUGGCUGUGAGAAUGUCUGCUACGACUCCUUCGCUCCUCUCUCACAUGUCAGGUUCUGGGUGUUCCAGAUCAUUCUCGUGGCCACUCCCUCAGUGCUGUACUUAGGCUACGCCAUCCAUAAAAUUGCCCGGAUGGUGGAGCACAGCGAAGCCAGCAGGAGAGCCAGGAGGAGGAGCUUGCCCAUCCGCUGGAAGCAGCACCGGGGCUUGGAAGAAGCUGAGGGUGACCACGAGGAAGACCCCAUGAUGUACCCAGAGACGGAGGUGGAGAGCGUGCGGGAGAGUAAAGAGAAGCAGAGCCCUGCCAAAGCCAAGCACGACGGCCGGCGGCAGAUCCGGGAGGAUGGGCUCAUGAGGAUUUAUGUCCUGCAGCUCCUGGCCAGGGCCCUGUUUGAGGUUGGCUUCCUGGUGGGGCAGUAUUUCCUGUAUGGCUUCCAGGUGAGCCCCGUGUUCGUGUGCAGCAGGAAGCCCUGCCCGCACAACGUCGAUUGUUUCAUUUCCAGGCCGACCGAAAAGACCAUUUUCCUGCUGAUAAUGUACGGGGUGAGCUGCAUGUGUCUGCUCCUGAAUGUCUGGGAGAUGCUGCACUUGGGGUUUGGCACCAUCCGGGACACGCUGAAUGCCAAGAAGAAGGAGCUGGUUGACUCUGGGACCUUCAACUACCCCUUCACCUGGAACACACCCUCGGCUCCCCCAGGAUACAACAUCGCGCUGAAGCCGGAGCAGAUGCAGUGCACAGAGCUGUCAAACGCCAAGAUGGCCUACAAGCAGAACAAAGCCAACAUAGCUCAGGAACAGCAGUAUGGCAGCAACGAAGGGAACAUUCCCACUGACCUGGAGAUCCUGCAGAGGGAAAUCAAAGUGGCUCAGGACCGCCUGGACCUUGCUAUCCAGGCUUACAACAACCAAAACAACCCCAGCAGUUCCAGAGGGAAGAAAUCCAAAGCGGGCUCAAACAAAAGCAGUGCCAGUAGCAAGUCAGGAGAUGGGAAGAAUUCGGUCUGGAUUUAA